AUGAGCGUUAACGGCAAGUUCUCCUUUCCUUUUUCUGCGACUUACACCCCUUGUCUCUGUUCCUUCAACGGACAAACGUCAUCAAGAGCUAUUGGAGCGAAAAGAUCGUGCGACGUUAUAACACCGUCAAUGGCUCUGGUACCUCAUGGAAAUCCUGGAACUCAUGCGAAGCGAGAGAUACCAAAGAUUGGAGGUUCAUCGGCUGCCUUCAUAGCUGUCGUCGUUAUUCUCGUCAUAAUCAUUGUCAGUGUUGGAACGGCGAUGGUAAUUCUCUUGCGAGAGGAUAAGUCCGAUGCCGAGGACCGACGUCGUCGGUACCAGCACGCUGGUUCACCAGCCUCUCCAGCAUACCAGCUCGAUUCAUCGUCAUCAAAGACGUGGCUUUUUGGAAUGUUUAGCUCCAGUAGACGUGAGGCUGAUACAACGACGGAUGGGCCCACAACGUUAAAAGGACGGGGCGGAGGUCAAGGAUGGGUUCAAGCUGUAGGAAGCGAUUGGGACGGUGAUUCGGUGGAUGAACGCGCUCGGAUCAAAGCUGGUGUUUUGCAAUCUGUGCGAAUGACAGAAUAUGGAUCACCAGGGGCUUCUAGUUCAUCCUUUGUUGGUCAACCUUCGCGUUUGGACAGUCUUAUGUCAGAAGAUAUGGAAUCAAGUAGUCGGCUUGACCUCCAGAGUGUGGGCGGCCCUCCUUACCAUGACCCAUAUUCGCCAUCACCACAAUUGAGCAUGUUUAAUAUCCAGCGCUUAUCUCCCUAUUCAACCCCUCCGGAAUCGCCCAGCCCUCGUCGCGUCAAUUUUCGAUCAGCUUCGCCGGGAGAUACCACCUCACAAAACGGUAAUGCGACUACCUUGUUCCAUCCCAACGGCAGUGGACAACAGUUCACUGUUGCCGGAAAUUCUACACUAUUGCCGGGAGAAGUGACCCGGCCAAACGAUGAUGGUAAUGUGACGAACGACCCUCCUCUAGACGGCAGUGGGCAACACUUCGUCACUCAUUCAGGGAAUUCUAUGCGGACUUUUCAUGGUGGCACAAAAUUCAUUGAGGCUCUUAUAUAUGAUCAAUCCAACAUUUAUUUACCCAAGGAAAUCAUACAGAGCGCCGCCGUAUACCGAUCACAUGCCGUUUUCUUUUUGUUGCCGCAAGCCAAGGUCGAGGUGGCUCGAGCUGAAAAACAAUCAAACUCCGAUCAGCUCGAGGUACCUCGAGGUACACCUUGGCUUGAUCACCUCGAAGCCCCCAUCAAACAUCAUUUCAAUUUGGAAGUAUUGAAAUUAUACAUUAUCUGUAGCGAAAUAAAGUAA